UCAGCCGGAUGACAAUACCAUGUAUACCGAGGGGGAUAAGCAGGGCACUCCGAGGAGACAGGAGAACAAUAAUUCGGUGUUUGCCAGCGAGAAAUCAGCUGAGAAUCGCGCGACUAAUGGACACCAUGAAAGUUCGUACGGUAAUUCGAAUCUCGUCGAUACACCAGAUCUGAGCCCAGUGAAACAGGUGGUGCGAAACGGGGAUGUAGAGGACAUCGAGGUUCGAAAAACGAAGAGAUGGCCGACCGACAAGGCGUAUUACAUAGCGAAGGAACUUCUGAUGACCGAACGAACCUACAAAAAGGACCUCGACGUGAUAAAUGUGUGGUUCAGGGAGGAGGUAUCUCGAGAAGCGGAAUUGGAGGGUGAGUCGGUGGUUACGCUGAUCGAACUUUUAGCGGACGUCCACGGGCCCUGCCUUCAAGAAAUGGAGGCAAGAUUGGCGCGGUGGGAGAGCAACGCGCGGCACAACAUCGGCGAUUUUCUGUACAAUACCUUGUUGAACGUGUUGCCGCUCUACGAUCAAUAUCUCGAGAAUUUGUUACCUGUCCUCGAGAAGAUGGAAUACUACACAAGGACGUCGCGACGCUUCGAUCAACUGUGCCGUGAUUUCGAGGCGCAGAAGCAUUGUUAUCUCCCGUUAACCUCAUUCCUUUUGAAACCGUUGCAACGAUUGUUGCAUUACAACAGUAUUAUCGAUAGAUUAUUAGAUCAUUAUCCGAAAGAUCACACCGACUUCGAGGACUGCCUGGCAGCGAGGGAUCGACUGGGCGAAACGUUGCUCGAGGGUCUUGGCAUAAUUAAUCAGGCCGAAAACCUGGUCCAACUGUGCGAGAUGCAGAGAGACAUCGGUGGCUUCGACAACCUGGUUCAGGAAGGCCGGAGAUUCAUUAGACAGGGCUGUCUGCAAAAGUACAGUCGCAAAGGUUUUCAGCAAAGAAUGUUCUUCUUGUUCUCGGACGUAUUACUGUACACAUUCCGUACUCAACAACCGACCCAGUGCUUCCGCGUGCACGGGCAGCUGCCGUUGAAGGGAAUGAAAAUCCGCGAGAGCGACAGCAAGACCGGCUCGUACUUUGCGUUCGUGAUCGACGCCCAAGGAAAUCAAUCUCUGACGGUCGCUGCUGGCAACGAGGAGGAGAAAGAGCGAUGGUUGGAAGACUUGAAUAUGGCGGUCGCGCAAGCUGACGCAGAUCCAAAGAUGCCGUACUUGAAUUUACAGUCAUGUAAUCUAGGCUCGGCUGAUGAGGUGGGCGAUGGGGUCGGAUUCGAGGGUGACAGAGGAAGCUGCGGGGGUGCAAAAGCAUCACAGAGAAGCAACACUACCGUGCACGUUUGCUGGCACAGAAACACCAGUAUCAGCUACAGCGAUCAAUUGCGAGCGUUCCAAAACCAACUCAGCGGAUUUCUGUUGCGGAAAUUCAAGAACAGUAACGGUUGGCAAAAGCUCUGGGUGGUAUUCACGAAUUUCUGCUUGUUCUUCUACAAAUCGCACCAGGACGACUUCCCGUUGGCUAGUCUGCCGUUGUUAGGAUACACCGUGACCACCCCAUCGGAGAAGGACGGGAUCAGCAAGGAUUUCGUGUUCAAGCUGCAAUUCAAGAGUCACGUGUACUUCUUCCGCGCCGAGAGCGAUUACACGUUCGGAAGGUGGAUCGAGGUGAUACGCAGCGCAACUCAGCAAGGCCACGUGUCGGUCAGCUUUAACGGAAAAGAAGGAUAUUAACGGCCGAUCGUGGGCGUCUUUGACUGUACGGCGUAGUAUUUAGAGAACAAUCCAAAAAGUAAAAAAAAAGAGAACGUCUUCAGGGGAUACCGAUCGCGAUGAAACUAUGCGGCCUUAUAUACGUGGACUGAAAUCAAAUACUUUUCUUACGAUCAAAAUUGUAAUCGACAAUCAAAUCAAAAUCCGUGCAUCGGGAGACAAAACGAAGACUGUAGCUCGUAAGUGGACAAGGAGGAGGAGGAAAAGAAGGAAGAAAAACGCAUUUACCUUGUACUCGUUUCUGCGCGGCGGCCGUUCAAUGAAAUUUUGCUGCUGAAAACGCGCGUUGGAAGCGUUAUCGUUUUUCUUUUUCUUCGUACCGCGAUAACGGUGAUAAUUGGUAUGUAAAUAGAUUUAUUUAGAUCUAAGCGUAUCUUGUUUAAUAUUUCUAUGAAUCUAGAUGGACGAAUCCAAGCGCGUUCGUGUCGCCGAUAAGAAUUUGUUGUCCUCUUUCUCUCUCUCUUUCUAUCCCUCUCUAUCGUUGAAACGGCAAAGCUGCGACACGGACGCGGAAAA